AUGACUGCUAGCCACUCCAAGCUCUACUCUCACUCUUCAAGCUUGGAUCCGGCGCUAGACAGGGCCAACCAAACCUCCUUAUGGAGAAACCCAGAGGUCGGGAAAAUUUACAGGAAUACGGAGCACAUCACCAGAACGAUCAUCCCUCCACUGAUCAAGGCAUGCGGCCUGACGGAUGAGGUGAUAGCCUCGCUCGAGCGGCCCAUUCAAGUCCUAGACAUGUGCUGCGGGACCGGUGUGGCCUCAGCCUACAUCCAGACAAUGUUGCAGAAGGCGGACAUGGCAAGCAAGGGGAUGAUCAAGUAG